AAGCAUGUCUCCGCCUAGGUGAUUUUCUUUCCAGCUGUUACUUCGCCUGCCAAACGCGUUCAUGGCUCGUCACCGCGACACCGUCGCCGAUAGCGGCGGCGGUGCACUCCGCCUUGUUUCGCCAGAGCUCACAGCUUCGGUCACGGCGAAGCUGAGCGAGGUUGAGUCGUUCGUUUCGCGCGUGAAGUCGCAGCCGAAUCCGCCCGUGGCAAUUCGAGACCUUGCUUUCGACAUGGACAGGAAACUCCACGUAAACGAAAUUUUGGUUCCGCUCGCUUGUAUUCUCCUUCCUGGUUACGCGAUUCUGGUAGUAGUAGCAGAAAUUCAGCUACAUGAAGCAGCAGUCCUCCUUAUGAUAAUAAUCGUGUUUCGAGACAUCUCAAAACACGAUUAUUAUCACAGGCAGUAACAGAGGUAGUCCUCCCCUUUCUGGUUUUCGCUUGUCGAUCGACUUUCCUCCGCUGGUUUCCCUUCGAAUGUCCUUAUAUGGAACGGCCCGGCGUUUUAUUUGCUCCGUAUGACAUGACAUCAUUAUUGCAUGGCAUUUCGUGGCACGGCAUAGGAGUGGAUGGCAUGGGAUGGCAUGGGAUGGCAUGGUGUGAUAUUCUGUUCUGGUUAGUCUUUGAAAGAGGACCUCGGAGUGUACUCCAGCAGGGGUCUGGAGCCUAUGGACCUCUACAAGCGACCCACCUUCAAACGCGGACGAGAUGCAAUCAGCUCUCUCACCGCCCUUCACACCAUUGCAGCCUGCUUGCUUCCUACCACCACCUCUCUUCUUCCUCCGGGCGAUAGAUCGGCAGUAAGAGCAGUGCCAACCGUAGUGACAGGCCAAUGGGCAGCAGGUGCCGCCGAGACAGCAUGGGUGUCGAGAGCGGUGGUGAACGCACAGACUGUGGAUGUGCUGAUGGCGUGCCUGCAGAGCACUGCGUUUGAGGCCAACACGCAUGCCCACUUCCCGGUGCUGUGCCUGCUCCUCUCCUCGGUGCACACACUGCUCUGUUUCAUAGACGACUGGGCGCUCAAGGGGCGGCGCCAAGCGCAGCUAUCACAGGAGUUUCUUCCACAAGGAGACAAGCACGAACCAUCACCGAUUCUCGCCAGCCCCAUGCCACCGCUUAGCACCCCCGCCACUACUGCCAUGAGUACCACCGUGGGUUGGGCCGGCACACCUACCACUACCCCUCCCACCCGUCCCCACUCUCGCUGGCCGGAGUGUCUUGCCCCGGUAUUGGGAGAUAUAGAGGCAGCAGAACAAGGCGUGCAAUUCUUGAGGCGGAUGCAGUCGAGGGAGAGGAGGGUAGGAAAGAAGGGGGGCGAGAGGAAGGAGGGGAAGGGGAGGGGAGCGGGGAAGAGUGGUGGGGAUGGUGUGCAGGCAGUUUGCGAGAAGGGCAAGGGUGUGUCGACGUGCCUUGACUCGCCAGCAGCCACUAGGCUCAUCUCAGUGCAGGUGUACUGCGCACUCUACAAAUGGCUGCAGCAGGCCCCUGCUGAACAUUUAUUGCCAUCAUCAUUGCCCUCAUCACCCUCUUCGGCAUCCCUAGCAUCACCAUUAUCACCAUCACCAUCGUCUGUGUCACCGCCAUCAGCAUCAGCGUCAGCAUCCGGCAUCGAUCGGGUGGAAGAGGCAAUGCCAUGCGACAGCGUGGAUGACGGUGCAGCAACAAGGGAAUAUGGGUCAUGGGGAUGCAAGACAACGGGAUUCGAGACAACGGGAUUCGAGGCUUCAUAUUGGUUGUGGAGGGAUUGUGUGGACGACACACCGGAUUGGCUGGAGCUGCUGGAGGAGCAGGUGCGACUGGGCCGAGUGACAGAGGAGGCGGGUCAGCAGGGGAAGGAGGAGUCGCAGGAGGAGGAGGAAUGGGCGGAACAGGAGGCGCCACUAACAGCACAGGAGGCACAUAUGCGGCUGAUGCACUGCCUCGAGUGCGCAUGUGACAGGGCUCAAGACAAGGAGGAGGAGGAUGAUCCGGACUCUGCUGCUGCUGCUGCUGGCUGUGCUGCUCUGAGGUUGAGGGUUCUGGACGACCCCACUCGCCAGCUGCAGCGGUGGAUCCAGCCGCCCAUUCAACGCUGGGCGAGUCUAGUGGCAGCAGACACGGUGCGCUGCCUCAAGACGCACUGUGGCAUCAUGGAGACGCUCGAGGCUCUGAGGGACCUCUUUUUCAUCGAUGGAGUCUCCGUGACUCCUUGCUUCGUUAAGCUGCUGUGGCAGCAGAUGCGUUCCAACGCGCUGCUGCCAGCUCACAGCACCGACUCGCUCCAGCAAGUGAUGGAUCAUUGCCUCGCUACAAUGGCAGAUGGCCACGCUUCUCCUCUCCCCUUCAGUACAGUCACUGUCACUCUCCACAGCAGCUCCUCCCACUCCCCCACUCCCACACACUCAUACUCUCCCCUCCUCUCAUCCUCCCCCAGCACGCCAUCCGUGCUCACCACCCCUUCGCCUCUGGACCCUUCCUCUUCCACGCCCUUUCCCCGACCUUCCCUCACAUAUGUCACUCCUGCUGCUGCCACUGCCCAACCCGCUCCUUUUGCCCAUGCUAAGCCUUUCGUCCCCGGACCUUCUGGCAAUGCCGGACCUGUACCCCACAUCGGACCUACAGCCUCGGUUUCAUCCGCACCUUUCGCCAGACCUUCUGGACCCCCGGCACUUUCCAGACCUAGUACUCGUGCCGGGGCUGGGAUGUCCUCUGCCAGCGCCGAACCGCCGACUUCCAUGGCCAGACCUAGAGGUUCGGGUAGCAGAGGAGGUUCGGCAAUGCAGGAUCGGGUAACAGCGAUGGUGGAACUGCUAGGAGGGAUACGUAUGAAGGCUGAGCUGGAGUGGCCACUUGAUUACCUCAUGCACCCUGCAGCAUGCACUAAGUACAACCAGCUCUUUGCUUUCUUUUCCAAGCUCACCCUUGCCAAGACUGCGCUUGUUGCUGCCAAGGCUCACAUGGCGCAGGACCGGCGUUCGUUCCGAGGCAUGUCGAUAGCAACAAAGCGGGAGCUGCUUAUAGUGCAGCAGAUGCAGCACGCCAUCACCACCAUACACACUUACCUCAUGUCCAAUGCUGUGACAUCAGCAUGGCAUCAGCUGCAACUAUCCAUCAGCAGAGCAGCGUCAGUGGCAGCAGUGCAGCAAGCACAUGACGACUACCUGGACACCAUCCUCGAGAGAUGCUUCCUCGUUUCUUCCAUCAACAUGGGCAAGGCCAUCACAACUAUGCUCACCUCCCUGGCGUCCAAGGCCCUCCUCUUCGCCGCUCUCUGCCACUCCAAGCGCAAGCUGCUGCUGCAGCCCUCCAUGGCAACUCCCAGCACGCCUGCCACCACACCCACUGCCAGCACCAGCACCACUCCCUCUUACACACAUGCGCCCAGCACCAGCACUCCCAUGUACACGCGCACUGCCAGCAGCAGCAUGGGUGGAGCAAGGGGAGAAAGGGGCGGAAAUGGGGGACCAAGGGAUGAGGAGGCAGCAAUUAAUGCGGAGAUUCACCAGCUGGGGGGCUCCUUCCAUGCUGAUGUGUCGGCUAUCCUGGAGGUGUCUCGCAACCAAGCCGAGAACUUGCCAUUGGCCAUUCGAGACCUUCUACGACAUUUGAACUACAACCGCUUCUAUGGUUGAUGCAAUUUUCGUUACAAGCUGGGUGCAUAUGUAAGGUUGGGGGCAAAAUGAAGUCGAAUCGAUGUUCUGGUCGCUUGAAAACUACCGUCCUUUUCAUUUUUGUGUGUGUAGAUUGAUUGGGGGUGUGUGGUGGUGGGAGGGGUGUGUGGUGGUGGGAGGGGUGUGGAGCGGUGUUAGCCUUGCAUGCUUUAUUUUUUUCCCUAACGAAC